CUUUGCGCUCGGCAUUGUGGCCAGCCAGCCGGGCACUCGGGGGGCACGCGCGGCCGCCGCUCGAGCUCUGCCCCCACCCCAACCGCCAGCAGAUCUGGGGUGGGGACCCAGGCGGGGGCUCUUGCAGCCACUGCCCGGUGCGGACUGCACGUAGAGACCCACUCCUUCAGGCGCCGAAAAACGAGCCACGGAGCCCUCCGCAGCCGACCGGCCUCCCCGCCCCUGACUAUCCGCUUCCCGGCUGCCUUUGUGGCUGCACCUUCUAGCUGCCGAGCAGAGAGCCGGCUGGGGCGCGGCGCGCACGGCGGAGCGAUGCCCAGCUCGCUGUUUGCAGACCUGGAGCGCAACGGCAGCGGCGGUGGCGGGGGAGGCGGUGGCGGGGGAGGCGGCGGCGGUGGCAGCGGCGGGGGAGAGACUCUGGAUGACCAAAGAGCCCUGCAGCUUGCUCUCGAUCAGCUCUCCCUGUUGGGACUGGACAGUGAUGAGGGCGCCUCUCUGUACGACAGCGAACCGCGCAAGAAGAGCGUGAACAUGACCGAGUGCGUGCCGGUACCCAGUUCCGAACACGUCGCGGAGAUCGUAGGGCGGCAAGGUUGUAAAAUCAAAGCUUUGAGGGCGAAGACCAACACUUACAUCAAGACCCCAGUUCGCGGGGAGGAGCCUGUCUUUGUUGUGACGGGCAGGAAGGAGGAUGUGGCUAUGGCUCGGAGGGAGAUCAUCUCUGCCGCAGAGCACUUCUCCAUGAUCCGAGCCUCUCGAAACAAGAACACGGCUCUCAACGGCGCUGUGCCCGGACCGCCCAACCUGCCGGGACAGACCACUAUCCAAGUGAGGGUGCCAUACCGCGUGGUAGGGCUCGUGGUGGGGCCAAAGGGCGCCACGAUCAAGCGUAUUCAACAGCAGACACAUACAUAUAUUGUGACACCCAGCCGAGACAAGGAGCCGGUUUUCGAGGUGACCGGGAUGCCAGAGAACGUGGAUCGCGCUAGAGAGGAGAUUGAAGCUCAUAUCGCGCUGCGCACCGGUGGCAUCAUCGAGCUGACAGACGAGAACGACUUCCAUGCCAAUGGCACAGACGUGGGCUUUGAUCUGCAUCACGGGUCCGGCGGGUCCGGACCGGGCAGCCUCUGGAGCAAGCCCACCCCAAGCAUCACUCCUACACCUGGCCGCAAGCCCUUCUCCAGCUAUCGCAACGACAGCUCCAGCUCUCUUGGCAGCGCAUCCACAGACUCUUACUUCGGUGGUGGGACCAGCGGCAGCGCAGCUGCCACUUCACGCCUGGCGGACUACAGCCCUCCCAGCCCUGCACUCAGCUUUGCUCACAAUGGAAACAACAACAAUAACGGCAAUGGCUACACCUACACAGCGGGGGAAGCCUCAGUACCUUCCCCGGAUGGGGGUCCUGAGCUGCAGCCUACUUUCGACCCAGCUCCCGCCCCACCACCUGGAACACCCCUUCUCUGGGCCCAGUUCGAGCGGUCGCCUGGAGGUGGAUCUGCCGCACCAGUAUCCUCUUCCUGCUCUUCCUCGGCAUCCUCAUCUGCCUCCUCGUCCUCUGUGGUCUUUCCCGGGGGUGGCGCCAGCAGCACACCCUCCAAUGCCAAUCUGGGGCUGCUGGUGCACCGCCGACUGCACCCCGGCACCAGCUGCCCGCGCCUGUCUCCGCCCUUGCACAUGGCCACGGGGGCGGGAGAGCACCACCUUGCUCGCCGCGUGCGCAGCGACCCGGGAGGUGGAGGCUUGGCCUACGCUGCCUAUGCUAAUGGGCUAGGGACGCAGCUCCCUGGCCUGCCCUCCUCGGACACUUCGGGCUCCUCCUCGUCCUCUAGCUCCUCCUCCAGCUCUUCCUCCUCUUCCUCCGGGCUGAGGCGCAAAGGCAGCCGCGACUGCUCUGUGUGCUUCGAGAGUGAAGUGAUCGCUGCGCUGGUGCCCUGUGGCCACAACCUCUUCUGCAUGGAAUGUGCCAACCGCAUUUGUGAGAAGAGCGAGCCUGAGUGUCCCGUCUGCCACACGGCGGUCACUCAGGCCAUUCGCAUUUUUUCCUGAAGGCAGUGCGCGCGCGCGUGCACUGCAGGGAAGGAGGGUCCCCUCCUUAGACCCUCAUUCCCUAGGGCCUACCUGCCCAGAUGCCUCUGGUGCCCGCCUCUUUCCACCCCACCCUCCUCACUCUCAGAGAUCCCAGAGGAGCUUGGAAAGCUGUAGUAUCCGCUCAUUUUUAAAAUGUCAUUUUUAAACAAAGGAACUUGCCAGGAUCUCUGCAUCAGGAGUACUGUAGCCUCCGAACCACCUGAAUUGCAUGCUCUAUAAAUAAUAGGAACGGCGACAUUCUAGUAAGGAUAGUUUUUACACUGUACUUAAUAGGAAGCUUCCAAAAGAAAACCCCACAAGUUUUCCAUUUUCUUGAAGUAGAAAAAUGAACAGUAAUUAUGAAGAUGAUUAAUAAUUGUGCUAUGGGAUGUGUGGACUGUUUUGUGUGUUUCCCUUUGUGGGUGGGUUCCUACAGCGCUCGUUCUAGAACACAAGUGGAUCCUUUUUGAAUGUUCAUGGAAGGGCCAGGAGUUCUGUACAGCCAGGACCCUGCAGCUUUAUUAAAGUUAAAACUGUAACAUAUCUCUUAUAUAUUAAAAAAAAAACCUUUAAAAGUUUUAAAGAGAAAUUGCAUUAAUACAGAUUGAAGUAUUUUAUUCUUUUUUUGACUUGAAAAAUUAUAUUUCAUAUUGCAAAGAUGUUUACAAGUAUUUUAAUUUAAGUUCAGUGAACUUUUUUGUAGCUGGGUUAAAUCUUUUUAUUUUUAGUAUGGCCUUAUGGCAAAGAACACUGUAUUAUUUUAAUAAUCACACAAUUGUGACGGAUUACAAAAACCAUAAAAUGUAUAACGUUUUGAGCAGUAUUCUGUUGGGAUGGAGAUUUUAUAGGUUCAGACAAAUCUUCUAGAUCCGCUUCACCCAGCAUAUUUUCUAUUCAGUGAUAUAAAGCAUAUUUUAUUCUAUAUUAUUACGAAAAAUGGAAAUGUAUAAACAUGUCAAAAGGAACAGUUGAUGCUUUCUAACAUUUGUAUAAAUAGAAUUCAGUGCAAAUUACAGAAAUUCUGUUGCACCGCUAUAGUUUUAGUGUUUCUAUUUUAAUACAUUUGUUUACCACUCGUUUAUGUAUAUGUAGGUGAUGUUACCUGAGCUUAAAUGUACUUUACUGAGCAAAGUUUAAAAAAAAACAAAGUAUAUUUUAUUUUAUGAUAAAGGGCCUUUAACCUCAUGGUCAAAUACUAAUAUUAUAUUUGCUGAGACAAGAUUUGAAAUUGUAUCAAGAGUUUUAUUUUUCUGACAUUUAAAGUUCUACAUAAUAAAGGUAAACUUAAGUAAUGGUGCUACUUCAUUUUUUAAGUAUUUCUAUAUAAAUAAAACAUUGAAGAAAAA